AUGCCUCCCGGACGUCUCCCUGGGGGAGGGGUUUCGGGCAUGUCGGUCUGGGAGGAGGCCAUGGGGAAGACCCAGGACACGCUGGAGAGAUUAGAUCUCUCAGCUGUGAUUCAUUGUGUUUGUGUGCGUCUGUGUUUCAGGGUGCAGCAGUGGGCGUCUGUGAUGUCGGUUCAGCUACGAGAGAUCAGCACCAAAUACUCCGGCUCUCUUCUGCUGCAGAAGAAACUGAAGGAUGUGGAGCCGAUCGUUAAAAUCGUGGAGCUGAACGGAGACGACUUGGUGAAGGAUUACUCGGAUGAAAUCGAGCGGAUGUUGGGGAGCAAGAUGAAGUCGGUGAAGAGGUUAGCUGAGUCUGCAGAAGACGCCGACCUGUACCACGACUACAACGCUUCAUUAGAGUUCGAUUACUACAACGCCAUGCUGAUCAACACGGCAGACGAUGACGGGAACACCGUGGAGCUGGGCGGAGACUUUCCUCUGGAGGAGAACGAACACUUCAACAACCUGCUGGUGAACACGCAGCAGAGCAACAUCCAGGUCCCCACCAACGUCUACAACAAAGAUCCAAACAUCCUCAAUGCCAUCUACAACUCCGAGGCGUUAAACGACGUCUUCAUCGGUAACUUCCAGAAGGAUCCCACGCUCACCUGGCAGUUCUUCGGCAGCUCCACCGGCUUCUUCAGAAUCUACCCCGGUAUCAAGUGGACUCCGGAUGCAAACGGUGUGGCAGCUUUUGACUGCAGGAACAGAAACUGGUACAUCCAGGCUGCCACGUCCCCCAAAGACAUCAUCAUCAUGGUGGACAUCAGCGGCAGCAUGAAGGGGCUGAAGAUGACCAUCGCCAAACACACCAUCAACACGAUCCUGGACACGCUGGGAGAGAACGACUUCGUCAACGUCAUCGCUUACACAGACUACGUUCGUUACGUGGAGCCGUGCUUCAGAGGGACUCUAGUCCAGGCCGACUUGGACAACAGAGAGCACUUCAAGCUCCUGGUGGAGGAGCUGCACGUCAAAGGAGAAGCAAAGAUCAAGAACGCCAUGAAAGAGUCCUUCAAGAUCCUCAAUGAGGCCAGAGCAAACGGUCAGGGCAGCAUGUGUAACCAGGCCAUCAUGCUGAUCACAGACGGAGCCAUGGAGGACUUCGAGACGGUCUUUCAGGAGUUCAACUGGCCGGAGCGGAGGGUCCGAGUCUUCACCUACCUGAUCGGCAGGGAGAUGACCUUCGCUCAGAACACAAAGUGGAUCGCCUGCAACAACAAAGGUUACUACACACACAUCUCCACACUGGCUGACGUCCAGGAGAACGUCAUGGAGUAUCUGCACGUGCUCAGUCGGCCGAUGGUCAUCAACCACGACCACGACAUCAUUUGGACGGAGGCGUACAUGGACACUGUGCUCCCCAACACCAAGGAGCUGUUCACCACCAAGGCUCAGAGUCUGCUCCUGAUGACCUCGGUGGCCAUGCCGGUCUUCAGUAAGAAGAAAGAGACGCUGUCCCACGGGAUCCUGCUGGGUGUGGUCGGCUCCGACAUCCCGCUGAUGGAGGUGAUGAAGCUGGCGCCCAGAUACAUGCUUGGAGCUCACGGCUACGCCUUCCUCAUCACCAACAACGGCUACAUCCUGGCGCACCCUGACCUCCGACCUCUGUAUAAAGACGGAAAGAAACUGAAGCCGAAGCCGAACUACAACAGUGUGGAUCUGUCUGAGGUGGAGUGGGAGGACACGGAGGAGAUGCUGAGAACGGCGAUGGUGAAGGGGGAGACCGGCAAAAGCAGCCUGAGCGUCAGAGCAUCAGUGGACAAAGGGAAACGACCGCUCUACCUCAUCAACGAUUACUUCUACACCAACAUAGAUGAGACACCUUUCAGCUUCGGCAUGGUGCUGACCAAAGGUCACGGGAGGCUCAUGUUCAUGGGGAACGUAUCUGUGGAGGAAGGUCUGCAUGACCUCACCUCCCCGGACCUCAGCAUCGCCUCUGAGUGGACGUACUGCGAGACAGACAUCGACCCCGCUCACCGUAAAUACUCCCAGCUUCAGGCCGCCAUCCGCUACCUGCUGGGGAAGGAACCGGACCUCGAGUGUGACGAGGUGUUGCUGCAGCAGACGUUGUUUGACGCCGUGGUUACGGCUCCGCUUGAGGCCUACUGGAACGCCCUGAUGCUGAGUGACACGGUGGAGCCGGGGAUCGAGACGGCCUUCCUCGGUACUCGAGCCGGCAUGAUGAGGAUCAUGAGAUACGCAGGAGUGGAGAAGCGAGUGGCAAAGAGGUUUCUGACUCCGUCCGACAAAGACAACCUGUUCACCAUCGAUCACUUCCCUCUCUGGUACCGCCUGGCCGUGGAAAACACUCCGGGGAGCUUCUUCUACUAUCCCGUCAACGACAAAGGAGUGCAGUACGUGAUCGCAACCACGGCAGUGACGGUGUCCUCUGAGGGACGGACGGCCAUGGCUGGAGCUAUCGGGCUGCAGUUGUCCUUGGAUUGGAUGGAAAAGAGGUUCUGGGACAUCACCAAGCAGCCCGCCGACACAGACUGUUCAAACAUCGAAGGGGUGUGUCCUCUCAACUGUGAGAGUUUUGAUCUCAACUGUUACGUGGUCGACAACAACGGCUUCAUCCUGCUGUCCAAAGAGAGGAGCGAGGUGGGUCAGUUCUUUGGCGAGGUGGACGGGUCCGUCAUGGCGUCCCUGAUUAAGAUGGGGAUGUAUAAAAAAGUGUCGUUGUUUGACUACCAGGCCAUGUGCAAGAACAGUCACCAUCACGCCAGCAGCGCCCGCCGUCUGCUCAGUCCGUUUUAUGGCAUCGCAGCGAUACUGAGGUGGAUCUUCUCCAACGCUCUGAUGUUCCUGCUGGACUUUAACUUCUGUGGUCUCUGGCACUCGGACUACUUCGUGGACGCCAAGGCCGGGUAUCACACAUCUCACAAACAGAAGAAGGUGGAGGCCCUGCAGCCCUGCGACACCACGUACCCCGGCUUCAUGUACGACUACUCCGUCAGAGAAGCUAACAGCCUCAUCAAGUGUGGACGCUGCCAGAAGAUGUUCGUGGUUCAGCAGAUCCCCAACAGUAACCUGGUCCUGGUCGUGACUCAGGCCGACUGUGACUGCUCUCGUCAGUACGGACCGAUCCUGCUGAACGCCAAAGAGAUCAAAUAUAACGCCACAGUAAAGUGUAACAGGAUGAAGUCACAGAAGGUGCGGCGGCGUCCAGAGUCCUGCCACGCCUACCACCCGAAGGAAAAUGCGAAGGAGUGCGGCGGAGCGGCGGCCAUCUUCCUGUCGCUCUCUCUCUUCUCGUCCUCGCUCCUCUUUUCUUCGCUCCUUCCCUGCUGGACGUAAAGCUGAACCGACCAAUCAGGACGCUCCACAGCAGCAGCAGGGUUAAACUAAGGCGGGACAGAGCGAUGAAUCCUGGAGCGAGGAGACAGAGGAUUUAUUGGACCUAUGAGGAGAACCGGACUCACAGACUUUCUUUCCUGCUGCUGGGACGAGUUGGGUCUCGCUCUGCGCCGGAGAUUAAAGGGCUACGUGACUUCUUCUUCUUCUUCUUCUUCUUCUUCUUCUUCUUCUUCUUCUGUUUUUAUACUUGAAUCUAGACGUCUUCUCCUUCCUGGAUGAACUGAAUCAGGAGGAAGACUUUAUGAAUUAGCAGCGGGAGGAAACAAAGACUGACGGACAGACGUAAACAGGGCAGCUGGAGGAGGAAUAUCGUCAUUACACUCAAAGAAUGUAGCUUUGUCUUUGUAGCUUUUUGAUACAGAAAAAAAAAAAACAACGUGUAUGAGGAGAAGAGUUUUUCACUCUGAGGACUUUUUGUAUUUAAUAAUGAGUACGAAGUGAAAGUUUAACACCGAGGAUCUCAUCGUUUCUCUGAGGGGUCAAAGGUUAAAAGAGCAAACAGCGGCCAAAUGUAACAGAACCAUGAUGAAUGCAGCAGUGUAAUAAAGUCUAACUGAAUGAA